UAAGAAUCAAAAGUGAAAGUUUGAGCUGCAGAGGAGCGGUGCGCAGCCAACAUGGCGGACGCGUUCCCCGUGUUAGUGGAGCUGGAAGAAGCGGACACUCAGAGGUUAAAAAACAAGUUGAUAAAGUACUUUCAGAGUAAAAAGUCCCACGGAGGAGACUGUGAGGUGGACUAUGAGAGCGGCUGCAGGAGCGCAGUGGUGCGUUUCCACAGGGAGGAGGACCAGAGACGCGUCCUGCAGAAAGAGUCGCACCAGAUCUCUUUGGAUAAUGGGGUGUUGAAAAUGACUGUUCGCCCCCCCUCACAGGAGAAAACAACACAGGUAAACAAAAACACAUGCAUAAAGUCAACAAUAAACUCUGACGUUUCGGGUUCCAACAAACCUUCAGCUGCUGAUGAACAUAAACCCGCCAAUGAAGUUCAUCCAGAGGCGAAAGGCAACGUCGACGUUGCAGCAGAUGAGGAGCUGACCUCUACCUCGGCUGUUUUAGAGAACAUCCCAGAGUCUGUGAACCAGGAGUUCAUGGAGAUGCUAGUGGAGAAUGUUUUAAAGGAUCUUAGCUCUACAACUGCCUCCAGUUUCACUUUGGAAAUCAUUCCUGACGGCUCAUGUGGCGUUGUGACUUUCCAGAACGGAAAAGAUAACUCUGACUUUAUAGCAAAGUGUCCUCAGAACAGGGUGUUCACAAAGAUGAAGCUAUCCGUCCGACCUCUUGAAGUCUCAGAACAAGUUGUAGUUGAAGGCGUUUUAAAUUGCAGCGAAGACUUAAUUGAGCUCCACUUUGAGAAUGAAGGAGGAGAGGUGAAAGAUGUCAGACUUAAUGAAUCCGAGCAGUCUGCUGUUGUCACAUUUAAGAACCAUCAAGCUGUGAGGAAAGUCCUAAACAAGAAGCAUCAGAUAAAAAAAGAAGAAGUCAAAGUCUAUCCGUUUUAUGAAUCUUUGGGGGUAGCUCUUUACGGCAAAGAUAAGCCAUCACCAAAACUUCCUGCUGCCAUUUCUGAACCCAUUGAUGACGCCAUUUGGAGUUAUCUAACCAGCAACAAAGCUGCAGCAGAGACUGUUCAAAGUGACUUGGCUAAACAUUUCUGCUCUAUAACCUUAAACCAGUCAACUGUGCAACUGCGCCCUGUACCUUCAUUAUUAAGGGAAAAGAAUGCCAAAGCCUUCAUUAAAGAGUGGGAAAAUACUGUAAAGUCAGCCUUUGCACAAGCUGUGUCAAAAUUCAAAGCCCUGAAGUUCUCCCUAGAGUCAGACGUGUGGAAAGAGUCUGAGGAGAAGAUCAAGCAGACUCUUCAGAAAGAAGACGUAGUUGUUGUACCCAACAAAGCCAACGGUGUCUUCUCAGUGGCUGGCCUUGUGACUAACAUCACCAGAUUAGAGAAACCUCUUUCAGAAGUCCUUAACAAGGUUCAACAAAAAGUGCGGAGGGAGAAAUUAAGCAAGACUCAAGAAAUCAAAGUGUCUCCAUCAAUUUUCCACAUUCUUUCCCAAGAUGGUCUUCAGGAUAAACUUGUACAAAUGUGCCCAGAGCUCCAAGUGUCCUACGACAAACAGAAUGGUGUUGUGAAAGUAACUGGCUUUGUGGAUGAGAUUAUUAAUGCGAGCAAUGUGAUACAUGAUGCAAUGGUUGCAUUAAAACGUCAGAAUUUGGAGGUAAAUACAUAUUUGUUUGAUCUGCUCAAAGAUGAGCCACAAGAGGAGCUUACAGACACUCUUCUCACAGCUUAUUCCAUAAAUGCAGCAUUGGAGAUCAGUGCACUUAGGCUGCAGCUCACUGCUGUUUCUGACAGGGAUCUGUUGGAUGCUCAAGACCAUCUGAAGCAGCUGCUUAUCUCCCAAUACAUAGAUGUCGAAGAUGAUAAAGUCCUGACGAUGCCAGAGUGGCAGCACCUGGUCAGUCGGUUAAAAAAUACCAACAGUGAAUCAGGCAGAAAAAUUCAAAUUGACACCACCCCUAAACAAGUCGUGGUGUCCGGUCACAAGGAUGCUGUCACAGAAGUUAGCAGUGAACUAGAUGACUUUUUCACACAGAAUUCUCACAUUGAAGAAAUUGUUGAAGUUGAGGCAAAUCUCAUUGUUGAAUAUCUUCAUAGUCAGACAACCUUGUUGAAGCAGGUGGAUAGCACCGUAGACGUGUCUUACGUAGAGAAUACCAUCGUCCUGAGUGGUCCCAGAGCUGCUGUAACACAGUGGAAGAGCAUUGUGGAAGACCUGGUCGGUUCUGUAUGCUUUGAUCGUUUUGCAGUUUCUAAACCUGGAGUAAAGAAGUCCUUUAAAGAAAAAGAAGACAUGUACGGUCCCCUGAUCAAGAAGGAAACUGGUUGCCUGGUCCAGCUAGUUGAUGAGACUGAAGAUGACUUUGCGUUUGUACAAGUGCUAAAGCCUGUUUACCAAAUUCAGACAACUGAUGGAGUGGAAAUAGCUGUUGCUAAGGCAGAUAUGUGCAGCUACCCUGUGUGUGCAGUUAUCAAUCCCUCUAAUGAGGACUUGAACCAUAAUGGAGGUCUUGCAGCAGCACUUUCAAAGGCUGCUGGCCCCCAGUUGCAGAGUGAAUGUGACAAAAUAAAAAAUGUGAAAGGGAAACUGAAGCCUGGGGAAUGUGUCAUAACUGGCGCUGGGGGGCAGCUUUGCUGCAAAAUGGUCAUCCAUGCUGUUGGGCCAAGGUUUGAACCCACUAAACCACAAAAGGCAGAGGCACAAUUAAAAAAAGUCGUUAAAGAAAGCUUAGAACUUGCUGAAAAGCAUUCAUGUCUUUCUGUGGCUCUUCCUGCCAUCAGCAGCAACUCAGGCUUUCCCCCCAAUUUGUGUGUGUCGACCAUCGUCAAGGCAGUGAAGGAAUACUGCAACGAGAAAUUGGAUGACAACACACUGAAGAAGAUCCAUUUCGUAGACAAUGUCGACCAUGUCGUUCAGAUUAUGGAAGUUCACGUCAAACAGGAGUUUGGAAAUAAGGGUGUUAGUCCUUUGCAACCAGUUCUUCUUCCCAAAGUUAAACUUCCACAAGUGAAGCUACCUGUGCUUCAUCACAACUUGUGCCAUGUGCAAACUAAAGAGGGCUUGGAGAUCGUUCUUAAAAAAGGAAAUAUCGAAGCAGCCAAGACGGAGGUGAUAGUGAACACAGUGUUUGAAGAUCUUGCACUGAAUAGAGGGGCAAUUUCAAAUGCCAUCUUGGGUGCGGCUGGACCUAAGCUUCAGCAACUGGUCACUAACCAAAAAUCCAAUGGAACUCCUGGUGAGAUCAUUGUUACAGAUGGCUGCAGGUUGAAGAGCAAGCAAGUAUUUCAUGUGGUGGCCCCUAGCUGGGAUAAUGGCCAAGGCACAGCUGAACAGACCUUAGGUGGGAUCGUUAAAGAUUGCCUGGAGAAGGCAGAGCAAACUAACUUGUCCUCCAUAUCUUUCCCGGCUAUUGGUACUGGGAACUUGGGUUUUCCAAAAGACCAUGUUGUGACCUUGAUGCUGGAUAAAAUCCAAGACUUUAGCAGUCAGACACAACCCAAGCAUCUAAAGAAAGUUGCAAUAAUUCUUUUUCCCACAGAUGCACAAACUAUUCAGGUAUUUACUAAUGAAUUCAUGAAGAAGUUUCCCAAUGCCUCAGGUAGCACAACAUCUACUAGCUCCCCACAGAGUACAGUGGGGGCCUUCUCUAAAGUCACCUCCAGCUCAGGAAUGCAUGAAACUAAAAUGGGAAAUGUGACAGUGCAAGUAGUAUCCGGAGACAUAACCAAGGAGACCACUGACGUCAUUGUCAACUCUUCAAAUGACACCUUUUCUCUUCAGUCAGGAGUUUCCAAGGCAAUUCUGGAUGCAGCUGGUAUGGCCGUUGUAGAAGAAUGCCAGUUCCUUGCUUCCCAGCCCAAUCCAGGCAUGAUAAUGACACAGCCAGGUAACCUGAAAUCCAAAAAGAUCCUCCACCUGGCUGGACGGACGGACCCAGUAAAAAUCAACAUGGUUGUGAAGGAAGCACUUCAAAUGUGUGUGACAAACUCCCUCACCUCUGUCUCUUUUCCUGCCAUUGGCACAGGUCAAGGCAAUGUCCAGGCAAAACAGGUGGCAGAUGCCAUGUUGGAUGCAGUGAUUGAUGUGAUGAGCCAAAACACUUCCAGUGCCCUGACAUUGAUUCGCAUCGUAAUUUUCCAGCAACAAAUGCUGAAUGAUUUCCAAAACAGUAUGCAGCAAAGAGAAGCCCAAGAUCCAAAGGAUAAUGUGGGAUUCUUUGGCAAAACAAUCAAAAAGAUCAAAUCAUUAUUUUACAAUGAAAGUCCAGAAAACCCUCAGAAAAAGGGGGACGUCAUCAUCGAGACGGUCAAACCAAAACCUGCUUGUUUCCACAUCUGUGGUAACUCAAAAGCUAAUGUGGAUGCAGCUAAAGCGAAGAUAGAUGCCUUCAUGUCUGAUGACCUAGACAGCGUCCACAUGACAGACAAUGACAUCCUAAACUUGUCAGCUGCUGACUGUAAGCACAUCAUUGACAUCCAGAAAACCAUGGGUGUGAGCAUAAGUUCUGAGCACAAGAACAGCCAAGCCUCAAUCGUCAUUGAAGGCCUCAGUAAGGAUGUGCUCAAAGCUCACAAAGAGAUUGAUCAGAUGCUGAAGAGGGUGAAAGGUGAGCAGGAGACCAUGAAGAAAAUGGAGCUGGUUAACGCGGUGGUAGAUUGGCAGUAUCAGGCACAAGGGCUUCAGUUUCAGAGUUUUGAUACAAUGACAAGCUACCAACUUGAGCAAGCAUUGGAGAUGGAAACACCAAAUUUAAAAGUUACAAUCAAGGGUCAAGUCUACGUUGUGACGAUGCCAAAUGGACCAGCCACUGACGGCAAGGGAAACAACCUGAAGAUUAGGAGAAUUGACAAACUGAAAGACAGUGAUAUUCCCGAUCAUUGGGAUGCCAUGCCACCUGGCACCACUUGUCUGCCUGUCACUCUCCAGGCAGGGACAUCCGAGUACACUGAAGUCCUUAAUCUGUUCAAGGCCACAUGCAAUCGAACCGUUACCAAGAUUGAGAGGAUCCAGAAUCCUGCACUCUGGAAGGGUCUUGAGAUCAAAAAGGUAGAACUGGAGACAAGAAAUGCUCAUCAGAACAAUGAGAGGCGCCUCUUCCACGGCACCUGUGAAACCACCGUACCUACCAUCAACGAACGGGGCUUCAACAGGAGUUACGCAGGGAAGAACGCUGCAUGUUAUGGCAAUGGGUCAUACUUUGCUGUGCAGGCCCGUUAUUCUGCCCAGGACACCUACUCCAAGCCCAAUCAAAAUGGAGAGAAGUUCAUGUACCUCUGCCGAGUGCUGACAGGGGACUUCACCGGCGGACAACAAAGCAUGGUCGCUCCACCGUCCAAGGGGAACAACUCUGUUCUUCUGUACGACAGCGUUGUGGACAACGCCACCAACCCCAGCAUGUUUGUGAUCUUUCAUGACAGCCAGGCCUAUCCUGAGUAUCUGAUUACGUUUACGUAGAACACACUGCGAUAAGAAACUUCUCAGUGCAGUUGGUCCAUUUAGUGCCUUGGAAACGUCUCGGAGAACACGCGACGGUUAGAUCACAAACAGAAAUCAGUGAAUACAGAAAUUAA